CAUAGUUAUAUGCGAUGGUGACACACUUUACUCCAGAGAAUCAUGUGAUGAAAAAUUUUGCCAUGGUGAUGCUGGAACCGGCAUGGCUGAUUGUUUGCCAGAAGUACCAGAGGGCUGUGAAGAUGAGACAACAACCACAGCACCAGUAACUUCUACAUCUUCAGCAGAGUCCACAUCGUCUUCGAUCUCGGAGGAGAUUACCUCUACAACUCAAGAGCAAUCCUCCUCCGAGGAAACCUCAACGACUGAAGCAACCUCUACUUCGACGAUCUCAACAACAGAAGAGCAAUCGUCAUCUGAAGAAACCUCAACAACUGAAGUGACCUCUACUUCGACCACAGAAGAGACCCCCUCAACAACACAAGAGCAGUCUUCAUCCGAAGGAACCUCAACAACUGAAGAGACUUCUAUUCCGACCACGGAAGAGAUCAUAUCCACAACUCAAGAGCAAUCUUUCUCAACGUCUGAAGCAACCUCCACUUCUACGACGGAAGAGAUCACUUCCACAACUCAAGAAGAGUCUACAUCCGAAGGAACCUCAACGACUGAAGCAACCUCCACUUCUACGACGGAAGAGAUCACUUCCACAACUCAAGAAGAGUCUACAUCCGAAGGAACCUCAACGACUGAAGCAACCUCCACUUCGACGACGGAAGAGAUCACUUCCACGACUCAAGAAGAAUCUACAUCCGAAGGAACCUCAACGACUGAAGCAACCUCCACUUCGACGACGGAAGAGAUCACUUCCACGACUCAAGAAGAAUCUACAUCCGAAGGAACCUCAACAACUGAAGAGACUUCUAUUCCGACCACGGAAGAGAUCAUAUCCACAACGCAAGAGCAAUCUUUCUCAACGACUGAAGCAACUUCCCCUUCAACAACGGAAGAGAUCACUUCCACAACUCAAGAAGAGUCUACAUCCGAAGGAACCUUAACAACUGAAGCAACCUCUACUUCGACGACGGAAAAGAUCACUUCCACGACUCAAGAAGAAUCUACAUCCGAAGGAACCUCAACGACUGAAGCAACCUCCACUUCGACGACGGAAGAGAUCACUUCCACGACUCAAGAAGAAUCUACAUCCGAAGGAACCUCAACUGAAACAACCUCCACUUCGACGACGGAAGAGAUCACUUCCACGACUCAAGAAGAGUCUACAUCCGAAGGAACCUCAACGACUGAAGCAACCUCCACUUCGACGACGGAAGAGAUCACUUCCACAACUCAAGAAGAGUCUACAUCCGAAGGAACCUCAAGUGAAGCAACCUCCACUUCGACGACGGAAGAGAUCACUUCCACGACUCAAGAAGAGUCUACAUCCGAAGGAACCUCAACGACUGAAGCAACCUCCACUUCGACGACGGAAGAGAUCACUUCCACAACUCAAGAAGAGUCUACAUCCGAAGGAACCUCAACUGAAACAACCUCCACUUCGACGACGGAAGAGAUCACUUCCACGACUCAAGAAGAGUCUACAUCCGAAGGAACCUCAACGACUGAAGCAAUCUCCACUUCGACGACGGAAGAGAUCACUUCCACGACUAAAGAAGAAUCUACAUCCGAAGGAACCUCAACAACUGAAGAGACUUCUAUUCCGACCACGGAAGAGAUCAUAUCCACAACGCAAGAGCAAUUUUUUUCAACGACUGAAGCAACUUCCCCUUCAACAACGGAAGAGAUCACUUCCACAACUCAAGAAGAGUCUACAUCCGAAGGAACCUCAGCGACUGAAGCGACCUCCACUUCAACGACGGAAGAGAUUACUUCCACGACUCAAGAAGAGUCUACAUCUGAAGGAACCUCAACGACUGAAGCGACAUCCACUUCAACGACGGAAGAGAUCACUUCCACAACUCAAGAAGAGUCUACAUCCGAAGGAACCUCAACGACUGAAGCAACCUCCACUUCUACGACGGAAGAAAUCACUUCCACAACUCAAGAAGAGUCUACAUCCGAAGGAACCUCAACGACUGAAGCAACCUCCACUUCGACGACGGAAGAGAUCAUUUCCACGACUCAAGAAGAGUCUACAUCCGAAGGAACCUCAACGACUGAAGCAUCCUCCACUUCGACGACGGAAGAGAUCACUUCUACGACUCAAGAAGAAUCUACAUCCGAAGGCACCUCAACGACUGAAGCAACCUCCACUUCGACGACGGAAGAGAUCACUUCCACAACUCAAGAAGAAUAUACAUCCGAAGGAACCUCAACAACUGAAGAGACUUCUAUUCCGACCACGGAAGAGAUCAUAUCCACAACGCAAGAGCAAUCUUUCUCAACGACUGAAGCAACUUCCCCUUCAACAACGGAAGAGAUCACUUCCACAACUCAAGAAGAGUCUACAUCCGAAGGAACCUCAAGUGAAGCAACCUCCACUUCGACGACGGAAGAGAUCACUUCCACGACUCAAGAAGAGUCUACAUCCGAAGGAACCUCAACGACUGAAGCAACCUCCACUUCGACGACAGAAGAGAUCCCUUCCACAACUCAAGAAGAGUCUACAUCCGAAGGAACCUCAACUGAAACAACCUCCACUUCGACGACAGAAGAGAUCCCUUCUACGACUCAAGAAGAGUCUACAUCCGAAGGAACCUCAACGACUGAAGCAACCUCCACCGUGACGACAGAAGAGAUCACUUCCACAACACAAGAAGAGUCUACAUCCGAAGGAACCUCAAGUGAAGCAACCUCCACUUCGACGACGGAAGAGAUCACUUCCACGACUCAAGAAGAGUCUACAUCCGAAGGAACCUCAACGACUGAAGCAACCUCCACUUCGACGACGGAAGAGAUCACUUCCACAACUCAAGAAGAGUCUACAUCCGAAGGAACCUCAACUGAAACAACCUCCACUUCGACGACGGAAGAGAUCACUUCCACGACUCAAGAAGAGUCUACAUCCGAAGGAACCUCAACGACUGAAGCAAUCUCCACUUCGACGACGGAAGAGAUCACUUCCACGACUAAAGAAGAAUCUACAUCCGAAGGAACCUCAACAACUGAAGAGACUUCUAUUCCGACCACGGAAGAGAUCAUAUCCACAACGCAAGAGCAAUUUUUUUCAACGACUGAAGCAACUUCCCCUUCAACAACGGAAGAGAUCACUUCCACAACUCAAGAAGAGUCUACAUCCGAAGGAACCUCAAGUGAAGCAACCUCCACUUCGACGACGGAAGAGAUCACUUCCACGACUCAAGAAGAGUCUACAUCCGAAGGAACCUCAACGACUGAAGCAACCUCCACUUCGACGACGGAAGAGAUCACUUCCACAACUCAAGAAGAGUCUACAUCCGAAGGAACCUCAACUGAAACAACCUCCACUUCGACGACGGAAGAGAUCACUUCCACGACUCAAGAAGAGUCUACAUCCGAAGGAACCUCAACGACUGAAGCAACCUCCACUUCGACGACGGAAGAGAUCACUUCCACGACUAAAGAAGAAUCUACAUCCGAAGGAACCUCAACAACUGAAGAGACUUCUAUUCCGACCACGGAAGAGAUCAUAUCCACAACGCAAGAGCAAUCUCUCUCAACGACUGAAGCAACUUCCCCUUCAACAACGGAAGAGAUCACUUCCACAACUCAAGAAGAGUCUACAUCCGAAGGAACCUCAACAACUGAAGCAACCUCUACUUCGACAACGGAAAAGAUCACAUCAACUUCGACCCAAUCUACCAGUACAACGACACCAACAACAACAACACAAGCACCGCCAGAUCCAGCAAUCCUUUGCACCGGUGUUGGAAUGUACCCUGAUCCGUACAACUGCAGCCAGUAUCACUAUUGUCCAGCCAGCGGAGCUCAAUCCUGGGUUCAAAUAUGUCCACCAAGCUACGCCUUCAAAUACACAUCAGCACUGUUGUCCGGCACAUUUCCCUGUGAACGUAUCGUCCGUCCGACGGAUUGCGCCCGCAUCGACUGUUCCACUUCGUCUAUCUUCAAAACGUUCACGAGUUCCAAACUUCAUUACGCCUACUGUUACUCCGGAACAGGCACCAGCCAGCCCACGAUAUCCGUGUUCAAGUGCAGCGAAGGAGCAACAUUCAGUGGAUCGACGUGCGUCUUCAAUUGUCUGCGGGAAGGGUUAUUCGCCAAUACGGUGGCUCCUGCGACCUACUAUCAGUGCUACUACUCCAAGUCUGUGCUGGUGUCCAGAUUGAUGAACUGUCCGGCUGGGAAACUGUUCAAAGAGUCUGUGAAAGCAUGUGUCACAUGAAAAAGUUGAAAAAAAUAGUCCAUU